AUGGCCACAUCAGCUAUUAUCGACUUGGGCAUGGCACCCAUAGCUGACGAUCAUGCCAGAGCCCGUGCUGAGAAAUCCGAGGGCGGUCCCGGACCAGCUUCCAAAGCGAAGAACUGUGCCGAGUGCCGUCGUAUGAAGCUCAAGUGCUCCAGAACGAACUGCAUCAGACGUGGUUGUGCUUCGUUGUGCCCAGAUGGCUCUUUGGUGUCCAAAGGUAACAGGUUGAUCCUGGCGAACACUGAAGAUUUGCAUGCACGCAUAGAGACACUGAGUUCGCGUAUACGUGACCUCGAGUCUGCAUUGUCGUCUUUGCAUGCAAAGCACUCUGAUGAGCCACAUCCACUUUUAACACGAGAUCAGCUCCUCACUGGCACAAUUCGCAAAGAAGAGGAAGAUCCUCAUGAGGUCCCCGUUACGUCGUUCGGCUCGCUUAUGCUUGGAGGCGAUGGCACUUCCAAGUUCUUUGGAGCGACAAGCGGCGCCGAAUGGACCGUACCUCUGGAAGAUGAUACGCCCGAAGAGGGAUACGCCUGUGUGCCAGUCUCCGUCACCAAUGCGCUCGCGAACCAGAUUCAGGGUGCACAGGGAGGAAUAACGGGCGGAAGUCACGGAGUGCCGACAUCACUAUCAAAUCCGUUUGGAACUGUUGCCAACCUCGACGUGAUAAGCCAGAGCUUUCCCCACUCUGUCGAUAGGAGCAUGCUCGACAUACCCGCUUUAAAGAGGCUUGUUAUACAAGAGCUCCCUCCUCGAGAGAAGGCCAUCUCCCUGAUCAAUUUAUAUUACGCGAGGGUCGCUUGGGAGUUCGACCCUGUCCCAAGGAAGAGACUCAUUGAAGAGGUGUUUGGGCCUUGCUACGACAAUCUCCAAAACCCGCCCAUCAGUGGCCAUGCUAUGGCCUUACUUUAUGCCGUCUUCGGGCUUGGCAUGUUUCACAACCCUGAACAGUCAAACUACGGGGCUCUUGCUCACCAAUUCAUCGUAUUGUCAAGAGCCUGCUUAGCGACCGAAUGCAUCUACGUCCAUACGAGUAUAACGGCCAUCGACGCUCUCAUUCUCCAUAUUCAGUACUUUGAUAUGUCUGACGAUCCGGGAGGAGGCGCAAAGGCUUGGGCGGCCCUAGGGACCACCCUCAAAUUGGCACAGUCGAUCGGAUUGCAUCGCGAGCCAUCGAUGUGGAAUCUAUCCAAGGAGGAAAUUCAGCGAAGGAGACGCACAAUGUGGGAGCUUGUCGCAUACGAUCUGUGGUUUUCUUUGCACUUUGGACGUCCUCCCAUGAUCUCUCGGCAACAUUUUGACGUCGAGCUUCCCAUGGAUGCACCAGAAUUAGAAGUGGCGGAUACAAAUUUCCACCGGGGCAAACAUUACUUCACCCAAGUCUGUCUUUGGCCCGUUCUCGACCUGUCUCUUGGCGUCAAGGGAACUUAUGCGGCCGUGCUUAAGAUGGACAAGCGCCUUCGUGACUGGGUACUUCCAGUACACAUGCAAGCGAAUCGCACACUCAUGUUUAUUGCACGGGAGAUCACUCUUAUGUGCUUGCAUCGUCCAUACUUCGCGUGUGCUCUCCUGGAACCUCCUUUCGACCCCCUGAGGAGCAAAUACUCUCGGAGCGUACUGGCUGCAUAUGCGAGCGCUUGUGCCAUCCUUAAUCGCAUUCGCACUCUUUAUGCGCGUGAGCCGAUCAUCAUUGUUCGCUUCAGCAUCUUUUGGACACAUUCUUUCAGUGCGGCAAUGACGCUAGGUGCAAUCGCCAGUCGUGCGCCAGACUCGCCGUUGGCUUCAACCGCACUCGUUGAAUUUGAUCAUGCGGUAGAGAUGUUUGAUAGGGCAAAGCAUGGAUACAGAGCUGGACGCCUCCUGCCCGUUCUUCAGGAGCUAAAAGUGAAAGCUCAUGCAGCAGUUGACAGCUAUCGCAGCGGGACAUGGCAGCGCCCCUCUGGCAAGGACGCAGGAUUAUUCCCUGGGCUAGGCGGAGCGAAAGCGGAACUCUACCACACACGCCAACAAAGGGAUCGAGGUGUUAGCAAGUCGCCCAGUAAUGGUCCUUCUCCCCCUAGUAUAGACGAUGUAGAAGGUGCCGGUAUCAUGUCCUCCCUCGGUACCGUCAAGGUCAAUACCCUGGAUGCAUAUUUUCAAUCCUUUGGCCAACCCAGCCCCGCAGCUUCUACGGCUCCUGGGCUCAGCAUCGACACUGGCAAUCAAUCCAGCCCAGCCACAUCGAGCUCGAUCUACCAGAUUCCGAUGGAAGUUCCUUCAAGCGAUGCCUUUUUGCAUGGUGUGCUAACUGGAGAUUGGGGAGGAAUGAAACCACUGGAUAGUGCGCCCGGCAAUCCUUACGACUUACUACAGGUCCCACCUCAACAGUACAACUAUAACACCUCAGUAUCACCACAGUACUAUGCCACCCCGCCGUUAGGGCCUCAAGGGCUUCAAGGGCAGCAAAACUUUACCACCCUGGGUCACUCGCCCUUCUCUGAUCCGGGCUCGAGUGACAGUGGAAACAGCCUAUCUGGGAGUACUCCAGGUAUGCUAAACUAUGAUACUCGACCUGCAUUGCUGCAGGCUCUCGCCGAACCUCAGAUCGGAUCCACUGCAUACGGACCCAGCUUUACACUGCAGGGGUUUGCGGAAUCACAGCAGCAGCAAACUGCUCUCUCAGGCGCUUCGGGUGGCGAGGCGGCAACGAUACUAUGGGAAGACUUUUUGCGAGACCUUGGCACGGGGUUCAAUGCAAGAUAA